CCGCUUCUGCGCCUACUCCAGCAGCCUGCUUGCCUGCUUAUGUAUGGUCGCUCCUAGCGCUUCCUCCACGUUCCCUCCAUUUUUGACUAUCGCCUCUCCCUCACGAGGAGCGCGGAGCACCGGAGCACGGAGCAGCAGCACCCGCAGGGACGACGGAGUCAGUCGACGGGUCGAGCGAGCUAGCGAACAGCGAACAGCCCGCGCUCAGUUGCUCAGUGAGAGUCCACGCGAGUCCCGGAGAGCACGCGGCGCGCUCCAAGACGAAACCACGACCAACGUGCUUAGCCAGACAAGAGAACUACCCAUAGUCGUCGCUCGGUCGCUCGCUCUGUGGCUGCUCCCCGGCGCUUCCAUACCCACCACUAUACACGAGUAGUGGUUGCGGUGCUCCAUCGAACGGUGCGGUCCCCCAUUGCUCGUUGUAGUAGUAGUAAUAGUCGUAGUGGUAACAAUCGAAUACUCGCGACAACGUUGCGAUGGUGAGAGCUUUAAUGCCGGAUUGAUCGGCCAGUCAGUCAACGAACGUGUGGAAACGGCGAAGUGCGCCGUGUCCUUACCGAAGGGCAGAAGCCAGAAGAACGAAAAUUGUGUGAACGACUCCGAGAUGCCGCUACUGGGUUCGUUGAUUCGUGGCCUAGCUGAUCGGUUACCUCUAGCGUUGAAUGGAACACGACGAGUUAAGCGAGAUGUCGACACGAUUGAAGGAGGCGACUGUUGUCAACCUGUGUACAGCAUCGUGUAGAUCCGGCUGGCGCGCUACAUAGGCAGGUGUACCCCUGCUGCUGCUGUUUUUGUUGCUGUUGUGCUUUUUGUGAAAGUGUGCUGGUGUACAUAUUGACGGAAGACAGCAGCUGGUGGCGGUGGGGCAAAUGGUUGGAAGAGCUUUCUUAUUCUUUCGAUAAUAUCUCGAGUCAGUGAGUGGGUGGGAGAGAGAGCGAGAGAGCGAGGGGAGCAAAGAACGUGCAAUUACUUCAGGAACUGCUGCCAUGAGGUGAUCGCAGAAAAGGAAGAAGACAACGAAGAAGACAGGAAAUUCACCACCUGUGGUCGUGCGUUAGGGGGGGGGUGAAUCGUUAUGGGUGUGCAUGUGGCGCGCAUGUGUGCAACGUGUGCAUGAAUAUGCAGUGUCACUGCGGGUGAAGGCGUUUUGUGAUCGUGUUGGUUCUUUUUUUGUUUUGUUCAGUGUAUGAUUGCCCCAAACGACGGCACACAGUUCGUGUUGCCCUACACUGAGAAUCCGGUAGCGAUACUGAGGGAAUUUGAGGUUUGGUUUGUUCGGAACAACAUCGACUCCGCUGACAUUUCCAGCUGCAACAGUGGUAACGUCAAUAACAAUUGUCGCUCAUCAUAAACAACAACAACAAGCAUUAUUGCUAUUAUUGUUAAAAUACCACUACAACAGCUGCAGCAGUCAGUAUAAUUUAAAAGACAUCAAGGUGUCAGUGUUGGCUUCUUCUGAAGAUCGCGCUUGAUGAUGACUCCGCCGGCACUGAAUCCGACGACCAACUCAUGUUUAUAAUUAACGGCGCCAGUUGACAAUGGAGAUGAGAUGUACAACGGUGUGCAUAAUAGUCGAUGUGUUGUACCUGUAACUGUGAUACAUAAUAGUCUACCUAUUGAAGUGUACAUAUUCAUCGUUAAAUCUUCCCCCCCCUUGGCACUAUCGAUCCCCUUCGGCUCUUACACGACUCUUACUAUUAUUAUUUUUAUUAUCCCUUUUACAUUUAUAUAGUCAGGUGACACUUCACCACUGAUCGACGAGAUUGAUCUGUAUCCCUUCGAAUACAGAAUAAGACAGAGUAGAAUCAAGUAAAUUUAGCGUGAUCAGUAAAACGUACGCGAAAAGAAGGACACAGAAGACUACGUCAUCCAUCAGCAACGUCCACAGCUGCCACCAUCAACUCCUUCGAAAACGGACCGGUGAACUGUGCUCUUAUGAUCGAGCUGGAAUUAUUCGAGCAAAGCAUGGACGCUCAGUUCGCUGUGGACUACAUGAACCAGGUGCAUCAGUUGCUCCAACAGCAGCGAGCCUCGCCAUUGCUGCCGGGACAGCAGCUGUUGUCUCCUCUGCCGAGCCCGCAGCUUCCGUCGCCCCCAGGGGCGCCGGGUGCCCCUGGCCAUCACGUGACUGCCUCGCGGCCCCCUGCCGCCUCAAGGCGUCCAUCGGCAGCAGCCGCCAAACCGUAUUCGUGCAACGAAUGUGGUCGCGGCUUCAAGUACCUGCAUACUCUGAGCUUCCACGUCAAACAAUCACACGACUCCGACGGAGGUGGAGCGGAAGCAAGUCCAACGCUGUCUCAUAGGCUAUCUCGAAUGCGGAAGGAACCCGCUGGCGGGAGUACGUCACCGCCUUCACCUACGAUGUCACCCGUAUUUCCCCCUGCGGCAACAAAACGGUCCGGCGAGCAGUUGGGACCAAUAGUCGGUGGCCAGACAAUGCAAGCAAUGCCCCUGCUCAAGAAAUCCCUCGAUAGAGAACUCGUCCCAGCACCUCACGAGGAUCAGCCCCUGUCACUUACGAAGAGGACGUCGCCGGCUAUUGGGACAAUUCCAUCACCUCCAAUGUUGUUGUCUGCCAAUCCAACCCCUUCACCGUCAUCGAUGCCCUCUCCGAUGCCCUCACGGAUGUCUUCGCCCGUUGUGAGCACUUCAGGAGGUCCGGGAAGCGGCCUAGGUUCAGGCAGUGGCGCAGGAGGACAACUUGGUAACAUCGGCCAUCAGAGCGGAUCGAACCCGCCUACAGCGCCAAGCACUCCUACACCACAGGACCAGCUGCUCAGCGCGCCGUCGAUCCUACAACUCAUGAAGAAUAUGCACGUCGAGAGUCAAACGAGUCUCGCCGUUCAAAUCAAAGGUGUGAUGCCGGACGGCAGUGCGAUGAAGCAGUUCGUUCUGUUUCGAUGCGGUAUCUGUAAUCGAACCAAGGCGUCCCUCGAACGCCUGCUUGGCCACAUAAUCUGGUUCCAUUUUGCCGACAACCGGAAGCGGCAUUGUAACAAAUGCGGGGCGCUAUUUCGUUUGAAGGAUCAGCUUGACAACCAUCUGAAGCUCCAUCAGCUUGCUAAGGAAAAUGCAACGGCGCAGGAAACGGUGAAGAGUGUUGACGAGACGCGCACUGAGUCAUCUGAAGACCUGGAAGAUCAGGCAGCCAGACAGAGGCCGAUAAAACGGGAGCCCGAAGAGAAUACAACGCCAGUAACAGGACAGCAGCCAACGGGACAGCAGACCAACCUGCAAGGUCCACAAGGACCUCAGGGUCCGGGCUCACCUGUCACUCAAACCCCUACUGAAGAGAAUAGAAGGAGAGUAUCAUCUGCGACCGACGGAAGCCUGCCAUUCCACUGCAACUUCUGUGACAAGUCGUUCGACAGGCUGUUUUCGCUGCAACGCCAUGAGAGGAUCCAUACAGGAGUGAAGCCGUGUUACUGCAGGGUAUGCGGACGGGGCUUCAGUGAGAGGCGCAAUCUGCGACAUCACAUACUUCGCUUCCACGCCGCAGACGAUGUACGCGAUGAUCUCCGCGGCUUCGACACCCCGAGGUUGGGCGCUUUGCAAACUGAUGACGACGGGCUUGACGGCCUCGAGGAUGAUGCGGAUCGUGAGGCUGACCGUGAUUCGUUGGAUCGUCUUGAACGCGAGGCGUCUGUUGAGCGUCUCGAGACGCUCGAACGAUUGGAGCCGGGCUUUGCCUCGAGCCCCGAACAGCCGUCAUCGACCGGCGGGAGCGAUGACCAGCUGAAGGCGUCGCUUCGUGCCGACGUUCCUCCCGGAGCCAUCGAGCUCGUGCAACGGUUUUCGCAAAGUCCGCCUAGCCCAUCCGCGACGGCGGCUAUCGCCAAUGUAACAAGUUCCUUCAUGGCGCUGAUGGCGCAGAACCAGCUGCAAAAUUCAGUCAACCACCAGCUUCAAAAAAACAGCCUGGCAGCCUUCGUUCCCCCCUCAUCGAAAAGACGGAAAGGAAUUCCGACAAAGUACACGGACGGACCUGGCGGUUUGGACGAGACCGCUCUUCAAGUUCUACCAGCGAUCCAAGGCCUGCAGGCCAUUCAGGCAAUGCAGGCUAGUCAAGCUCUCGGGACAGCGGCGUCCGAGGGCCUGUUCGAUUUCUCAGGUCAACGGGAUCAAGCGCCGACUUUGAACAACAAUACGGCCCCGGAACCUACCACCAAACUUGCGCUUCCGACUGACCUGAGUGUCAGUAGUGAGCACUAGCCGAUAAUGAUGCUUAGAGAGAGAGAAAGAGAGAGAGAGAGAGAGAGAGAGAGAGAGUAAAGCGAAAGUGAGAGGGAUGGAAACUAGAAUACCACCAUAAAAAAAAGCAAAAAAGAUGACGAAGUUGAUGAGACGCAUGUGCCAUCACUGGAAAACUGUUCCAGACGAAGACGAUCAUGAGAAUAAGAUAGAAGAUAAUGCUCGAACGAGGUUGAAAAGAAAAUGGAGAAGCAAGUUGAGAGAUAGCCCACUUUGUCCACGGUUCUCCAGCACCGCCGCCACUUAUCAAAUAAAACACGCAUCUUACUUUUAUGAUAUGACAACGCACGACAUUGUUCAGUGAACGAUUUCUAUUGACAACGGAAUGCUACAACACGGACAACAACUAGUAGUACUAACGAACUCAGGAAAAUUUUGCGCCCGCGCCAAACUCUCAACUAAUGGAGACUAUAUCAAAAGCCCCCGCCCGAAACACAGUAAAGGCGAUCACCGGGGGUUAUAAUGGGGGUGGCCGGCGUGGGCGUUCGUCUUACUUCUUUGUACAGCCACAUCGGACUCAUGGCGUUGAGUCCUACAGUAUUCACAGGAAUCAAACAUUCUUACACAUCGCGUAUCUAGGUAGGCCAGCCACGCGAGGAGAGUGCCGAAGGCUUCGAUUGAACUAUACCCACGAGAACGGGGCCUUUUGCACCUUCUUGCUCUCGCGGGUCCCGGGACCGCGUCCACACGUUCCAACUCAUCUGCUAGCAAAUACUGCUGUUUCUCCAACCACAGCGUAUAGAACUGCACCCAAAGCGCGGGCAAUAUCAAACGGCGUUUUCGCGCAGGAUGCCUUCCGGGCGCUCCGAACUGCCGCAGGGACAGAAGUUCGAAGCACGUGCGGCGGCUCGGUCCAUGGGCCAAGCGGGAAUACAGCUGAUAUACAACUCAAUAUGAGCUAUAUCCAAUAAUUUAUCACUGAUUGCCCGAUCCCGAAAAAACUGUGAGGUUCCGAGGUCUGGACUGAGCUACAAAAGCGCCAUGUCAAGCGCCAGACCUCACUCACUGCACUACAUUAAAUAUGAAUUAAACAUACAGAAUUAAAUACGGAAACUGAAGUCGGAAAUAUUGCGUAUGAUAAUGAUAAUAACAACAACAACAACAACAACAACAAUAAUGGAAACGUCGAUAAUAAUACGAUAAUGAUAUUAAUAAUAACAAUGAAUAAGAUAAUAGAUAUACCUCAGCACAUUUGUCGUCGUACGUAAUGAUGAAUCAAUUAUAAUAAGCAAUACACUACGCAAAGUCAGUAGUGUGUCUCAGGUGUCUGGAGGGCCGCCAAACGGGGCUCUUGUUUGUUGCGUACAUUCUGCGUGCAAUGGAAAGUUAAUGAGAUAUGUAUUUGAUCCGAGAUAUCGAAAACCGAGAGGGAGAGCGAGAGAGAGAAUAUACAAAUAGAACUCCACCUUAGUAGACGCAGAAGGUCUACGGCUACGUGCCACGAGUGCCCGCGUCUUGUCGUCUGCUAGGUGUUUGCCUGCUGAUUACGGCGCUGUUCGGCGCAAGUGGCACUUUGCUGUUGGGUUUUCGUUUUGAAAAUGUUCAUGCCCACUAUUUACGGUUAGGUUUGUUUACCUGGUCUUUCGUUUAGUUGCCGCUGCCGAAUAAUAGGCUAGCCGGUAGCGGCGGUCUUGAAGAUCAACAUGAGGAAACGAACGUAAGAUUGAUCAUUGAUUGCCGACAGACUAUUGAGAACCCGUGAGUGAUCGCGGCAUGUUCGCAAAAAUGCACUAAUAUAAAGAACAUAAGAUAGACGAACGGCAACCGUAGAGCCCCAGAAACUGACUGUCAGCGGUGUAAUAAAGACAAACAAUACACAAAGACAAUAUAUCGGCCGGGAUACUUCCAAGUGGAACAAAGGGCUUCAUUUGGAUGUACCCCCUCAUGUUGAUCUACCUCGACGUUUUUUGCCGUGUUGCCCAUUGUUCAAUAUACAAAUGGAUGAGCUCUAGCAAGAGGAUUAAGAAAACGAUAUUACUAUUAUUACCAUUGUAAUGAGAGACUAACUAUAGCUGGAUAAGAUUAUGAACAAUACUGAUAUGAGAAUAAUAAUAAUUAUAAGCAAAUGAAGAUAAUUAAGCCGAUAAAUUAUGCGCCUAGCAGAAUGAACACACAUACAAGAUAAUAACGAUAAUUAUUAAUAUGCUUAUGAAUAUGUGGUCGGCUGCGUGUAGACGCAAAUGUUUGUGCGCGUGUGUGUAGUAAAAAAAUAGUAAGUGUGAAUGAUGAACCAAUAACACAGGUUUCAUAGAAAAUGAAAAAUGUAUGACGGCAAAAACACGAUGAUCGUUAUUAGUCUCUACGCUGACUUUCUCCUUUGACCCUGCACAACAACUAUACUAUGGAAUUCGAUCGGGUACGAGUGGGAUGAAAUUACACAGACAAUUUUUUCAAAACCGACCUAUCUCCCGGCUAUGGCCGCUCCGACGCAACAGCUCAAACUCUCAAUCAUUUUCCGGACCUAUCUCGACCAUUUUACUGGCGAUUUCCCGAAUCAAAGCAGUUUUGAUGCAGUCGAAUACGCAAAAGUUUUCUAGGUGACCCCUGUCUGAGUAUGUGGGGAGCCCUCACAUUCUUAUUUCUUCCCUUUGCUACACAUUUUCUAAUUAUUCCCCCAUAGUUUUUGUGAGGUUCGCAAUACGGCUGCGUUCGAACUGGCAUCAUAUGGAAACCCUCAGGGAAUCAGGCAGGAAGUUAUUAUUACCUUAUUACUACUGCUAGGUACGAACCAUCAUGUUGUGUGAACUGUGCAUGAAGAAGCAGCCGUGUGCCGGCGUUACUGUGUGUAUGUGUGAAUGGCAGCGUUCUUCAAAUGAAGAACAUUUUGCAGAACUCUCGCGAGGGCUGGUACUGGCUUCGGAAUCAAUGACCCUAUGAAUGGCAAUACAACCGAGUUUUAAGGGAGCGGGGGAGGGGGGAGAAAGACAAAUGGUGAGAGGGAUCGAAGGAAAUAAUUAAAAAGAGAAAGAUGCUUGCCAAUGAUCGUACGAGGUCGGGCCACCCGCGGGGCUAGUGCCAACUGUACAUAGAGAGAAAGAGAGGCCGUGACAACGUUACGACGACUACGCACUACGAUGUAACCGACAACCAACUGAAAAAACUAUGUGGUAACCGUAACUACGGGGAAUAGAAGGAGAUAGGGGUAGGACAGAUCGGACAAGUCGAGCGGGUCUGGCUUCCCACCGAAACCGUUACGGUCCCCGUCACGUUGCACGUCACCAUGCACCACGCAGAACACUUCAACAAAUGCACCCGGUAGCGUCACGUGGAGGCCACGUUCUGAUACCACGUUCUGUACUACUAACUUUGUAAAACACUGUAGUCUAUCUUCGAAUGUGCAUAUGUAUGUGUGUCUAUGCCGGAUAUUGAGCGCCUGUGACGGAGCAGAUAGCAGACGACAAAAGGGGGUCAGAAGAAACGGAAGGAAGAAAGGAAAUAAACAUAUGACAGCGGAAUAUACGGAAAAACAUGCAAGAAAGCGAGAGAGGACAAACGCAACCGAAUAACUUUCUGUCGAUGCCAGUGCGCCGCCUCGAAUUUCCCUUAUGUAAGAAGGAGGCUCAGGACGCAAGCACAUCGGCCCACAAACACUCACUACGGGUAUUUACACAGUUUGAUGAAGAUACUAAUUACGAUGAUGAUGAAACUAAUGCUAAUAUGAAUGAUAAUAAAUGAAGAUAUAACAAGAAAAAUGGUAAUAAA